AUGAAUAUCAACAACACAGUCGGACCUGAUGAAUCUACAAUAGUCGACUCUGAUACAACACGAUUAAGAAGAUUAUAUGAACAUUUUCAAAAGAAAAAAUUAAUUUGGAUUAUAGUUUUCAUAAUUUUUAUUGUUAUAAUUAUAACUAUUUCAACAAGUACUGUUUUAUCGAACAAAACGAAAAGAGAAAAAGUAGUAACAGCUGAGAUAACAACAACAAGAACAACAACAAUAACGACAAUAACGACAACGACAACAAGAAAACGAAUAACUCCUUCUGUUAUUAUUAAUAACAAUACGAAAUGGAAACAAAAUGAAUCUACUAUUGCUGGAGGAAAUGGACAAGGAAAUAAAUCAAAUCAAUUAAGUCGACCUUCUGGUUUUUAUGUUGAUGAUGAUGAUCAUAGUAUUUAUAUUGCUGACACUGGGAACCAUCGUGUUGUUAGAUGGGAAUUUGAUGCAGACGAAGGCGUAGUUGUUGCAGGUGGAAAUGAACGUGGAGAUAAAAUCGAUCAAUUGUAUGGUCCAGUAGAUGUAAUUCUGGAUAAAGAGAAGAAAUAUAUCAUCAUUUGUGAUCAGGGAAACAGACGAGUGGUAGAAUGGUCUCUUCAAGACAGGCAUGAUCAAGAAAUAUUAAUAGAUAGUAUUGCGUGCUACGGUUUAGCAUUGGAUGAUAAUGGAGAUCUUUAUAUUUCUGACUGUGAAAGACAUCAAGUCAGACGUUGGCAAGAAGAAGAUGGAGAAAUUACAAUUGUAGCAGGCGGAAAUGGACAAGGAAAUCAUUUGAAUCAACUCGACUUUCCUAUAUAUAUCUUUGUCGAUGAAUGUUAUUCAGUUUAUAUAGUGGAUUAUAGUAACAAUCGUGUAAUGAAAUGGAUGAAAAAUACGAUUGAAGGCAUUCUUAUUGCGCCAGGGGAAGUUUCUGACGAAAAUCCCAGUUCAAUGUUUGAUCCCAUAGGCGUGAUUGUUGAUCAUAUAGGUAAUGUAUAUUUGUCGAAUUAUAACACUCAUCAAAUAACACGCUGGUUGCCAGGUGCAAUAGAAGGUACUCAUAUUGUUGGUGAAAAUGAAGGUGGAAGUAUAAUCGUGCGGCUUCAAUACUCAAGCGAUUUAUCAUUUGAUCGACACGGUAAUCUUUAUGUUGUUGACACAGACAACAAUCGAAUUCAAAAAUUUGACAUCGAUCUUGACUGA